GUGUGUCUUUUGGUUUUGGUUGUAAAUUCUGACUUUAAAUCUCUCUAAUUUGUCGUUGAAUGUGUUUAGCGGAGCAGCAGCUAAAGGCGCUUUAUUGUUAGCUGUUAGCUUGUUAGCAGAGUUUCCAUUUAACUUUGCAGUUUGAGCAAAGCAUUUUCUUGUAGCUGUUUACUUUGACAACCUUGCGAAUAAAGAGAAAGCGACUUUGAGAAACAUCUGAAGCUGUGAUGGAAACAGCAGCAGAACAAACUACUGAAAAAAGGACCGAUGUGGCAGUAAAGGGUGAAGCUGCCAUCAAACCAGAAUUUCUUAGCACCAAAGAAAAAUUUCACGGGUUUGUAGACUCAGAGUGGCAGGGCUCAAAAGGAGGUGAUAAUGAUGCAGAUGAAGAGCCAAAGACAAUGUGUGCGGAGGAACCUGAACCUAAAAAGCUCAAACUGGACUCUGAAGAGAGGAACAGUUCGGGAAAACCGGACGGUAAACGUCUUCGGGGGCAGAACAAGUCGAGGCCACACACUAAGCCGACCACAUAUGAUGAAAAACGAUUGUGUCUCUCAGUCAUUCAGAGCAACAGGGAAUGCCCCUUUGGAGACAAAUGCCACUUCCACCAUAACGUUGCAGACUACAUGUCCUCCAAGCCCGCUGACAUCGGGGAAAGCUGCUACCUUUAUGAAACGUAUGGAAAGUGUACAUACGGUCUCUCAUGCCGCUUUGCCAAGGCACACACUACGCCUGACUUCAAAACCACGGAGAAGGCAGAUCUAGUUAAAGCCUACGAAGGCAGGAUUGUGGUGAAGAACAGCUUGAGUAAAGACCUCCAGAAUCGUCUGAGGAAGCGUUCGGUGCCCUUCGAAAAGUCAGCAGAGUACCUGAAAACACUGGCAAACGGCAAAGACAAAAGAGAGCAGCAAGGGAACGGUAAUGCGUGUGCAGCUGAAGUAUCUGCAGAUCCAACAGGAGAGAAGCAACAUUCAUCUACUGAGGCACAAACAGAGCUGCAGGCCAGCCCAGAUAAACAGCCUCCAAUAAAAACUGUCGGCGCAUUGACUGAUGCAGAUGUCAUCAAGUUACGCUCAUGUGAAAAGAAGCAGCUGGACUUCACAGACAAGCUCUACCUCGCUCCUCUAACAACUUGUGGAAAUCUGCCUUUCCGUCGCGUGUGCAAGCGCUUUGGUGCCGACAUCACCUGUGGAGAGAUGGCCAUGUGCACAAACCUGCUGCAGGGCCAGCAGUCAGAGUGGGCCCUGCUGAAGAGGCAUGAAAGUGAAGAUAUUUUUGGUGUCCAGGUGGAGGGUUGUUUCCCCGACACCAUGACAAGAUGUGCAGAACUCAUCAACAACAACACGGAUGUUGAUUUUGUUGACAUCAACUCUGGAUGCCCCAUCGAUCUUGUUUACAAGAAGGGCGGAGGCUGCGGCUUGAUGACACGCACCAGAAAAUUUGAACAGAUAGUCAAAGGAAUGAAUUAUGUCCUCGAUGUCCCUUUAACAGUGAAGAUCCGCACUGGUGUUCAGGAGAAGUCCAACAUAGCACAUAAACUCAUCCCAGAGAUGAAGAAUUGGGGCGUCUCCAUGAUCACAUUGCAUGGCAGGUCCAGGGAGCAGCGCUACACUAAGUUAGCUGACUGGGACUAUAUAACCACAUGUGCUAAGCUGGCCAGCCCUGUCCCACUGUUUGGUAAUGGAGACAUUCUGUCAUAUGAAGAUGCCAUGAAAGCCAGAGAGACCGGAGUUUCUGGUAUCAUGAUUGCAAGGGGUGCCCUCAUUAAGCCCUGGAUCUUCACUGAGAUAAAGGAGAGCAGACACUGGGACAUCUCGUCCACUGAGCGACUGGACAUCCUGAAGGAUUUCACCAACUUUGGCCUGGAGCACUGGGGCUCCGACACUCGAGGUGUGGAGAAGACCAGAACCUUCAUGCUGGAGUGGCUCUCCUUUAUGUGCAGAUAUAUACCUGUGGGGCUGUUGGAACGAGUGCCUCAGAAGAUCAAUGAGAGACCUCCGUACUACAUGGGCAGGAACUAUCUGGAGUCGCUGAUGGCCAGUCAAAAUGUUGGGGACUGGGUCAGGAUCAGUGAAAUGCUGCUCGGACCCGUGCCGAAGAACUUCAACUUUCUGCCCAAACAUAAAGCCAACGCCUACAAGUGAUUUUCUUUCAAUGUGACUGAAAAACAUCCAUGUUUUUGUGUUUGUUUGAUAAAGGAAAGAAGCUUUUUUUGUGUUUUAAAUGCAAAAGGCUAUUUAAUGGUCUGUUUAUUGAACCUGUGGAUGUUUGUGUACUUCAAAUGUAUGCAAUAAAUUCCUUUACCACCUUAA